UGGUGAAUAUCAUGAUAUGGAAAAUCAAACUUUAGUAACAGAGUUUAUACUUUUGGGACUCUCCAGUGAUCCACACCUGCAGGUUAUUCUCUUCUUGUUGUUUCUAAUAGUUUUUUUGGUUACUUUGUUAGGAAAUGGGACAAUAAUGCUGGUGGUCACGACUGAGCCUAACCUUAAGACACCCAUGUUCUUCUUUCUCAAACAUUUAGCCUUUGUUGAUAUAUUCUAUUCAUCUGUAACUGUUCCCAAAAUGUUGGAAAACCUCUUAAAAAAGCAGAAAACUAUUUCCUGGGAAGGAUGCAUCAUACAGAUCUUCUUCUUUUUCAAGGUUGCUUGUGCUGAGGUUUUCAUCCUUGCAGCAAUGGCAUAUGACAGAUAUGUUGCUAUAUGUGAUCCACUGCAUUAUACCACCACCAUGAAACAAGGGACUUGCAGACAGCUGGUGGGUGCAGCGUGGACAACUGGCUUUUUGUAUGCUAUGAUGAAUGCAGUGCCUUUGUUAAAUCUUCAGUUUUGUGGAAACAAUGCAAUCAGACACUAUAGCUGUGAUCUUCCUUCCCUUCUGGUGUUAUCAUGUACUCAGACCCUCACCAAUGACAUUGUUCUUCUUAUUUCUGCAUUCGUAUUGGGCUUAAGCUCAUUCCUUUUCACUUUGAUCUCUUAUAUUUACAUUAUUGCUGCCAUUCUGAAGAUUCGCUCAGCAGAAGGCAGACGCAAAGCCUUCUCUACCUGCAGUUCCCACCUCAUUGUGGUGGGCAUAUUUUACAUAGCAGCUUUUUUCCGGUAUAUGAAACCAAAUUCAGAAUCAUUCAUAGAUCUGGACAAAGUGGUGUCUAUCCAGUAUAGCAUCAUAACGCCCAUGUUAAACCCCAUUAUAUACAGCUUGAAAAACAAAGAUAUCAAAAGUGCUCUGGUCAAAAUGUUUGUAAAGAAUGUUUCUAUUAAAUAA